AUAGAGUUCCAAGUCCCGCAUCCCCAGGAACUUUUAUUAGGCGACCCGUUUCUUCCUCCAUUCGCAAACACAAAGCAACGCUUCACAGUUUAAUAUUGGUAUCCAAACUGCACUCCGACAUCACGACAUCCACGGCUUUCAAUACCCAUCACCACGGCAGACCACUGCGACAGCGAAUAUGUUCUCGAGAACAGUCCGCGCCGUUUCUACCAGGGCUCUGGCGACCUCGGUUCGUCCAAUCGCCGCCCCGUUGAGCCGACAGAUUGCGCCGCGGGUCGCGCAACCACAGAGGCGGCAUUACCACGAGAAAGUCCUCGAUCACUAUGCUCGUCCCCGGAACGUCGGAACCCUAGACAAGUCGGAUAAGUCGGUUGGUGAAGGAUUGGUGGGCGCGCCGGCUUGUGGCGAUGUUAUGCGGCUCCAUAUCAAGGUCGACCCCGAGACGCAAGUCAUCAGCGAUGUUCGAUUCAAGACUUUUGGAUGCGGCUCUGCAAUUGCCUCAUCUAGUUAUCUUACAGAGCUCGUGCGGGGCAUGACCCUUGAACAGGCCGCGAAGGUCAAGAAUACUGAGAUCGCGAAGGAGUUGUGCCUGCCGCCUGUGAAGCUCCAUUGCAGCAUGCUUGCUGAGGAUGCUAUCAAGUCGGCCAUCAACAACUAUUACAAGAAAAACCCAAACGUUAAGCCAACCAACCUCGCAGGGACUGGCCAAAAGCUGGAGGCGGCGACCGCAUGAGUCGUCACGAGAAGGCCGGAGAGGCUGAUGGGGCUUAUGAAGCCAUAGGUUAUUCGAGAGUCUAUGGUGGAGGGACAGUUGCAGUCCACCGUACUCUCCUUCCUUUCUGGGCUGGAUGGAGUUGAUGCUUUGUAUCAAGUACAAGCGGAGCAUAGCGGAGUUGUGGUUUUGGCUUUUUGCUCUCUCCUUUUCUGAUGAGAAGCACUCGUUUUGCGAGAGGGGGUGGACAGAAAUGUACUAUGAUACCAUGGAGCCGUUGUAAAUGUCAGAUUGAACUGGGGCAUUAUCCUCACCCGGGCCCGCUGAGCAGUUUCAACAUGUUCCACUACGAUUGAG